CUCAAUGGAUGGCAGGGAGUGGAUGGCGGCUGCUAGCUCUGCCCUCACUGUCUGACAUAGACAGGCUGCACUCACUCACUGUCUGACUGACUGAGGGUCCUAGGAGUGCUGGUCCUCUCAGUAUGGCAGGCAGGGCUGGGGUCAGUAUGGCUGGGGUGCUGGCUUGGCUCUGGGCUGUGUGCUGGCUGCUGGCUGUCUCUCCAUCUGUCACUGCUGCCAAGAAGGACUCCUGUGACACCUGUAAGAACCUGGUAGACAGAUUCCACAAGGGUUUAGAAGAUACAGCAAAAAAGAAUUUUGGAGGGGGCAAUACUGCUUGGGAAGAGAGAGCUUUAGCAAAAUAUGAAUCCAGUGAGAUUCGUCUUGUAGAAAUUAUUGAAAAUCUGUGUGACAGCAGUGACUUUGAAUGUAACCACAUGGUUGAAGAGCACGAAGAACAGAUUGAGAAGUGGUGGUUCAAAAUGAGGAAGAAGCAUCCCGAUUUAUUAAAAUGGUUUUGUAUCAACACUAUUGAAGUUUGCUGUUUACCUGGAACCUAUGGACCUGAGUGUCUAGCUUGUUUGGGUGGAUCUGAAAGGCCAUGCAAUGGAAACGGUUUUUGCAGUGGUGAUGGUACAAGAGGUGGCGACGGAACUUGCCGCUGUAAAGUGGAAUAUACUGGGCCGCUUUGUCUAGAGUGUGCAGAUGGGUACUACAGUUCAGAAAGAAAUGAUACCCAUGCUGUUUGCACUGAGUGCAAUACGGCGUGCAAAACCUGCCAGGGACCGUCUAACCAGGACUGCCAUGACUGUAAAGACGGAUGGACCAAGGAAGAUGGGAUUUGUGUAGAUGUCAAUGAAUGUGAAUCAGAAGAAUCACCUUGCAAGGACGACAAGUACUGCUUAAAUAUAGAGGGUUCGUUCUCCUGUAGAGUGUGUGAUAAAAGCUGUUCAGGAUGCACAGGCGAGGGACCUGAAAACUGUCAAAACUGCACUUCAGGAUACGUUUUACAAGACGACAAGUGUACAGAUAUAAAUGAGUGCGAUGAAAAUGAAAAAGUCUGUUUACGAGCCAAUGAAGACUGUUUGAACACUCCAGGCAGCUACAAGUGUACUUGUGCUGAAGGGUUUGAAGAUAAAGACGGUGAAUGUGCAGAGGUUUUAAAGACUGAGGUUACCGAAAACGAAACGUCAACAUCUUCAAGUGAGGAGAACAACUCAUUCGUACACGAGGACCUUUAAUUCACACAGCCAUAAUAAUUUAAACACUUUUAUUAAGUUAUUUAAAUUUCCAUACAUGAAGCAAUAUACUGUGGCCACCAUGUGUUUGUUAUUGUGAAUAGCAAUUUUGCCAGUAAGUGAUAAUUAUUUUUUUUUCUUUUCUUUUUUCAAAUGGUAUUACGAAGUAAAAUAAUUGGAUCUGCCCUAGAAGCUGCAAAAAGCAACAUGUGUCUUAUAUUUUGAUACAGUUUCUAAUAAACGUGGUUCAAUCUGUUAUA